AUGGCUACACCAGCAGUUGAUAAUACACCUCGUGUACCGAGUGACAUUGCGCGAUCGCGCGUCGCCAACUUUUUGUCGGCCGGUAGCAACUUUUAUACAAUGGGCAUCCAUCGUGGGCUGUGGGUACACCGACACUCAGGUGCACCACAUGUUGAGCUGAGCGUAUAUAGCGUCCCUGAUCUCAAGCGAGUCCCUUUCAAGGAUGCAGUGUCACAAACAUUUAAAAAAGUGGACCAACAUGAACGCAAUUAUGGUCCGAGUUGGGCGACUCACUGGUUCAAAAUCGCAACGACAAUUCCCAAUAUUAUGAACGGAAAAACUGUAGUAUUUCAAUGGGAUAUGGGUUGUGAAGGAAUGGUAUGGACGACCGAUGGGAUCCCUAUGCAAGGUUUGACAGGAGGAGAUGGACAAGAACGACACGAGUACAUUGUGACAAAGAAAGCCAAGGCGGGUGAACGCCAUACAUUUUACAUUGAAGCAGCAUGCAAUGGAAUGUUUGGUGUCGGAGAUAGUGCCAUGGUACCCGAUCCGAAUCGUUAUUUCUCAAUCAAAACAGCCGAUCUUGUUGUCCCAGACUACGAAGUGCAGGAUUUGUAUUAUGACCUGGACAUUAUCAAAGGCAUUGCCUAUGACACGCAGAACGAAAGUCCACGUGCUCGUGAAGCCGUGUGGGUGAUCAACGAAGUGAUCAAUCAGUUUAUUCUCAAAGACCGUGGGUCAAUCAAGCGUUGCAAAGCCCUCACAUCUGAAUUUCUAUCUGUUCGUAACGGUCAGCCAAAGGGUCAGCAUCAAAUCACGGCAAUUGGCAAUUGCCAUAUAGACACGGCUUGGCUCUGGCCUUAUGACGAAACAAAACGCAAAAUUGCAAGAUCGUGGUCUACACAAGUCGACUUGAUGGAUCGCUAUCCGGGAUACAUUUUUACAGGUUCGCAGACCCAACAAUACGAAUGGUUGAGCGAACUUUAUCCAUCCGUUUUUGAAAAGAUCAAAGAAAAGGAAAAAGUCGGCCAAUGGGAAAUUAUAGGAGGAAGCUGGGUUGAGCAUGACACAAACAUGCCUAGUGGUGAGUCGCUGUGUCGACAAAUGGUUCUCGGACAACGUUAUUUUGAGAAACAUUUUGGAAAACGCGCCAAAAUUUUCUGGCUUCCAGAUUCAUUCGGCUAUUCCUCGCAGCUUCCUCAAGUCCUCAAGCUCUCCGGUUGUGAUUACUUUUUUACCCAAAAGCUAUCAUGGAAUAACAUCAACAAGUUUCCACUCACCACAUUUUGGUGGACUGGUAUUGAUGGAACAAACAUCUUAUCUCAUUUGACACCAGCAGACACGUAUGGCGCUUCUGUUACUGUUGCUGAGCUGACAAAAUGCACGAAAAAUAACCAUGACCUUGAAUACUCGAAUGAAAGCUUGCUCUGUUAUGGACAUGGCGAUGGUGGUGGUGGACCUACUCCAGAAAUGCUUGAGCGAUUGUCUCGCUUGAAGGAUGUGGAUGGGCUUCCGAUGGUUAAAUCCGGCAAGGUGCUCGACUUUUUCCAAGGGAUUGAAAAGCAUUCUCGUGGUCUGCAAUCAUACAAUGGAGAACUGUAUCUCGAAUUCCAUCGUGGAACGUACACCACUCAAGCACUUGUGAAACGUGGUAACCGUAUAUCUGAAUUUUUGAUUCGAGACGUCGAGAUCUUGAGUACCAUGGCAACAAUAUUAGCAAAAUCUAGCAAUAAGAAGGCGGAGGACAGUUAUGCCUAUCCGAUCAACGAUUUGGAGUGGAUGUGGAAACUUUUAUGUUUGAAUCAAUUCCACGACUGUUUGCCAGGAUCGGCCAUUGGUCUUGCCUUUAAGGACGUUCACAAGCAUCAUCGCGAAAUCAUAUCCGCAUCACUGUCGUUGCGCCACAAAGCCCAGUCUGCUAUUAUUGAUCUUCGAGCUCUUUCUGAUGACGAUAAAAUACAAGAAGGUUUGGUUGCGUUCAACACGGUACCUUGGGAAAGAACUGAGGUAAUCGAAGUACCUCGUGUGCGAAGCGUUCCAGGCCUUGGUGCAGCGGGAUAUGUGGCACACACACCAGACAUUCCUACCAUCGAUGCGGAAAUUGGUGCAAAAGCUUACAAGGACGAUGAUGGUGGUUAUUUUAUCCUGGAAAACCAAAAUUUGAAGGCAACCUUUAAUCAUGAUGGACAGCUUGUACACUUGGUGGAUAAGAAGGAGCCAGAAAGACAACUUAUUCCCAAUGGAGCCAGGGGAAAUGUUCUCAAGCUUUACGAGGAUGUGCCCAUUUACUGGGAUGCAUGGGAUGUUGAGAUUUACCACUUGCAAAAGUGGAAACCUAUCGAAGGUGAAGCCAGUAUCAAGAUUGUUUCCGAGGGUCCAUUGAAAGCCGAGCUUCACUUCCGUCAAACAAUAUCUGACAAGUCGUGGAUCGAGCAAACGAUUAGCCUGACCUGUUUGUCUGAGCGCCUAGAGUUCAGCAAUUUUGUUGACUGGCACGAAGCACAUCAAUUUCUGAAAGUGGAAUUUGUUUGGGACCUAGUGAGCGAUUAUGCCACCUAUGAGAUUCAAUACGGCGUUUUGCGACGACCCACUCAUUACAACACAACCGUGGAUUCAGCAAAGUUCGAAGUGUGUGGACACAAGUUUGCCGAUUUAUCUGAAGCCAACUAUGGUGUCGCAUUGAUGAACAAUUGCAAAUACGGAUACGCGACCCAUGGAAACACACAGCGACUUUCGCUCUUGCGUUCACCAAAAGGGCCAGAUGAAAACGCCGAUAUGGGUGAGCACAAGUUCAAGUACGCAAUCUAUCCGCACCAAGGACACUUUAACGCUUCCAAUGUCGUUCGCGAGGCUAUUGAUUUUAACGUCCCUCUGUCGCUUCGUUAUGCGGAAGAUCAGAGAGUUAGAUCUGGCACAGUCUUGCGGCCUUUGUUCCAAGUGGAUCCUCCCACUCAAAUCAUUCUCGAUACCAUUAAACCCGCAGAAGACGAUCAGGGCAAAGGCAAAGUGCUGGUGCUACGCUUGUAUGAAGCAUAUGGUGGAAAGGCCACUGCACUACUUAAGAGCCGUUUGAGUAUCAAACGUAUCCUUGUGACAAACGUGCUCGAAGAUGAUUCGGACCAGGAACUACCCCGCGCUGAUGAAGCUGGUUCGUUUAAGCUCGCUUUGCGUCCUUUCCAAAUUUUAACCUUGAAGGUGCAAUUGUCGGCGUAA